AUGUGGGAGGCGAAGCUGAAGCCCGACCGCAUCAGCUACACCGCUGGGAUCAGCGCGUGCGGAAAAGGCGAGCAGUGGCAGUGUGCGUUGGCGUUGUUUAGCGAGAUGUCGGAUGCGAAGCUGGAGCCCAACGUAAUCAGCUACAGCGCUGGGAUCAGCGCCUGCGAGAAGGGCGCGCAGUGGCAGUGGGCGCUGGCGUUGCUGAGCCAGAUGUGGGAGGCGAAGUUGGAGCCCGACGUCAUCAGCUACAGCGCUGGGAUCAGCGCUUGCGAGAAGGGCGAGCAGUGGCAGAGGGCGCUGGUGCUGCUGAGCCAGACUCGGGAGGCGAAGCUGGAGCCCAACGUUAUCUUACCCACAAUGCAGGCACAUUUGCGUGAG